AUGAAGACAAGAAACCAGAAUCAUGAUGAUGAUGAAGCAUCAUCAUCUAGCAGGAAGAAGAGGUUCAAGACUUAUGACAAUGGUGGUGUGGGGCCUUGGUCACACCUCAGCAAUGAUGUGCUUUUUUUAGUUACCAUGCAACUGGGAAUCUUUGAUUUUCUUUCAUUCAGUAGAGUUUGCAAGUCAUGGAGGUCAUUUGCACUCUGUAACAGGAAGAGUUUUAUGGCAUCCAAACCACCCAUGUCUAUGCUUCUCUCCUCCCAUGGCUUCUGUUGCCUGGAGGACUUUGAAGGAAGAAAGUUGAAAACCAUCAUUCCCCAUUCUUCUGGCAGGAAGUGUGUUGGAUUAACUUGUGGUUACUUGAUAUUGUUUGGGGAAGAAACCUUUGACUUCUGGCUCGUGAAUCCCAUCACAAGGCAUGAACUUUAUUUCCCUGCCUUCUGUUUACCAAAUCUAUAUAUGGUCAAGGCUACCCUUGUCUUUUCAUCUUCAUUAAACGAUUGGGUGUUUGUGGUGUCACAUAAGAAUUCCUUUAACUUGUGGUUUUCUAUAUCUGGUAAAGGAGCAUGGAAUCAUAUCCCCUCGUCUUACCGCAUCCUUGAUUUACAUACUUUCAAGGGGAAGAUAUAUACCCUAAACAAAAACAACGAAUAUCGUGUGUGUGAAAUGUCACUCAAUCCAGAGCCCAAAUUGACAUUUCUUGAAAUGAAGAAUAUCUCAAAGCUAUAUGUCUCUCAUCCGGUGUUUAUAAGUUCGGGUGAAAACCUGUAUGUGAUGGAUUAA